AUGGCUAGUUCAAUACAUUCCCAGGCAGCAGCUGGUCAGUCUCGUGAACGUUUCGGCCUAAUUAUCUUAGGUAACAGUGGAGCUGGUAAAAGUUUCAUUGCAAAUCUUUUUCUACAACGCGAAAAAUUUGCGAGCAAACCAUCUGCAACGGCAGUUACGACAAACACCGAAUUUGAAGAAUAUACAGCUGAUGGUGUCAGUUACGUUAUUUUCAAUAUUCCCGGUUUGAUCGAAAGUAAUCAAGAAAAGAUUGAUAAGAAUAAAGAAGAAAUCGAUAAAGCCUUUUUGGAAUGUCCAAAUUCAGUCGUUUUCUACGUGUUCGGUAAUCAGAUGGGCCGAAUUCGUCAGGAGGAUGUGAUUGCAUUCAAUGCUUUACACGAAGCCUAUCCUUUCAAAGACGAGUCACUGGUCAUCGUCGUCAAUGCUAUUCCAUCUGAACGAGAGAGAACUUAUAAAGGUCAAACAAUUACCUUGCUACGUGAAUAUUUACAUAUGAAAACAUGUGAAUAUUACUGUUUCUUGGAUACAAUUGAUAGAACUAACGAGACGGCGAAAGGAGAAUUGCGCCAAGAAUUAAUAUCGGCUAUGGACAAAACACUACCAAAAGUACAUGAAAAGGUAAAAAAUAUUCAUCUACAGCAUGAUGAGAUUGAGAGAUUAAAAAUGGAAUUACAAAAAAUUGUUACUGCCUUUGCUUAUGAGAAAGAAGUACUGGAAGCACGAUCUCGUGCAGCUCAGGAGCAGUAUGAAAAAGAAAUGAAAGAUAUUCAAGAAAGACUAACAGCACAAGACAAAGAAAAGAAUGACUUACAAAAACAAGUAACAGCAAAGAAGUGGUUUGAAGGAUUAGUUGGUCCUGUGACACAAGCAGUAAUUCCGAUGGCACUUGGUCAAGGGUGGGCUGGUACUGCUGCUUCAUUUGCAAUGAAUUCUUUGAGACAGACAGCACCCACUCGAAUGCCUGGCGGUAGCUCAUUGUUUUUCUCUGGAGUCUCUGGCCGAGGCGGGAGAGGUGGCAUGAGACCAUCGUUUUAG